AAGACCAUGACCUUUGGUAAAAACCUCACAUCAACCGGUUCACUUUGCUUCCCCGACUGAGCUUUAAAACUUCACAUAAGUAUCUUAGAUGUAAUCACGAUUUUUCACUCCACUGAACAGAAUCAGAAAAAAAGAAAAAAGAAAAUGGUUUCUAUAUCGUGGAUCAUCUUCGCAAUUUCUUUCAUUUUGAGUGAUGCAACAGGCACUUUGCUGAGAACAAAGUUAAUAAGAACUAAGAGAUGGGAAGGCAAUGGAGAUACGAAUGGUGGAGGCGACCUGAGUAAUAUGUUUCGAGGAACUGCUGGAAUCGAUUAUCCAGACUUAAAAUCAAUUCCAAAUACCAAUUUCAAAUGCAGUGAUCAAGAAUAUGAAGGAGGUCUGUAUGCUGAUGUGGAGGCUCAAUGUCAGGUAUAUCAUGUGUGCCAUGAUGGCAGGAAAGACAGUUUUUUAUGUGGCCCAGGCACGAUUUUCAACCAACAAAUUUUGGCAUGUGAUUACUGGUACAGCACAGAGUGCGAGACGGCACCCUUUUAUUACUAUUUAAAUGCCCAAAUUGGAAGUUCAGAUACAUCCUGGGUACCACCUCAAGGAAAUCCUCAGUACAAUAACCAAGGAAGUAACUAUCAGCUAUAUAAUCCAAAUGCAGCAAAUAAUGGAAAUCCACAAUCUGGUGAUACAGGAUCUGGUCCAACUGAAAAUGGGCAGAAACCUUGUUGUUGUUUGAAAAAUAAUUAUGUUGCCCCCUGGAAUUUUCCUUCCCAUUAGUAAAAUCACAUUUUCAUGUAAAAAUAAAUUGUCCAAUGGCAAGACUUUUCUAUAAAUUUAUAUUUAUAGUUGAGAUUAAUACAGAUCUGUUAGUUUACGGUACUGAAGAUCAAUGAAUGGCAUGUUUCCUAAAUAAAAUUCUUAAAAAAGGAUAUGUCUCUAAUGUAAUAGAUGAAAUAUAAUUUCUGAAAUGAGAAAAUGUUCUUUCAUUAUUUUUAAAAAAUUUUAUAAUAAACUAAGCAUAGUAGAAAGUUAAUAUUCAUCAUGUUAAGCUGGCCAGGAACCCCUAAUUAAAAAGGGCGUUUCCCCCUUUUAUUAAUUUUUAAUUUUAUUGAAAUACAUACACAUUAAAAUGCUCACACUUUGAAAUAAAUGUUGAAAAUUUACAAUAAAAAAAAUCAAUUUUU